AUGGUUCUAGAGAAGUUUGGUCUGCACUUCCGAAAAUCUAAAAACCCGAAAAGGACGAAUACAGGAGAUGAUAAGCCUCUCCCUGCGCUCCCAGUAACUGAUCAAGCGCCAGACAAGAUCUGCAUUCCAAUUGAACCAGAAAUACCUCCAAAGUCAAGCGCCGCAACCUCAGACAGUGGACAACCCACCGACCUGCCAAUCAAAGACCCAAAGAAGCCAGAAGAAGCAAUUUCGCAGAGAGGCGAAGUUGACGAUGUUUCAUCUCCAAUAUCUUUCACGCCUAGCAAGCUUGAUUCAGCCGAAUCUUCCCGCGGGGAGGUCGACAACCUGUGGGAUGUGGCUUACGAUAAUCUGAGGCCUCAGCAUGCCGACUUAUUGGAAAAGUACGAAAGGAUAUUGACGUUAUGGCUACGUGCAUACUUGAUACAACACAAUCAGAAAGCUUCUCGUAAUUAUCAAGAAAAAAAUCUGUUUCAACCUUCGCAUCAUCAAGAAAGGAGACAAUACGCUCAGGAUAUUAUUGCCUUCUGCCUCGAGUCUCAGCAAGAGAGCGAUGCUGGUGCCGAUACUGUUCAAGGGCGCAACUUAUUGAAAUCAUCAAUCGACAGUGGUGAAGAUUCAGCCCUCGCAUGGGCAGGAACAUGUCUUGCUCUACAGACACUCUUGCACUCUAGCGACCGACCAGAGAAGACGUUGGUGGGCAUCAACCACAUCAUAUCCGGAAUGUCGUGGUAUAAAUUACUUCCCAAGCUUCUUGGUGGCGAUGAAUAUAAGAGAGGCCUUCCUUUAAGCGAACAAACAACUCUCCGAGAUCGUAUAACAGAACUAUACCAACAGAUUCUCCUCUUUCAAGCUCGCAUCGUCUGUUUGCAAAUAGAUGCAAUUCAAGAGAACAAUCUUAUCCAGAUGGAUCAAAAUCUAUUAUCGAGAGAUGUGGAUGUGAAUGAGGCCGACGUGGUAAAGGCAGAGCAAGCACUUCUCAAUUUUAAUGGGAAGGAUAUUGAGAUUCAGAUUCAAAACUUUUCCACGCUUCUUAGUGAAAAGAAGGAUAAUAGGAUUGGAGAUGAGAAGCCCGAGCCUACAAAGAGCGACAGGAAGACUCCGAAACAAAUCUUGAACGCAAUCGAUCCACGAGUAUUAGAAGCGAACAUUCCAUCGGUGAAGAAUCUCUACGAAUGGGUCGAAUCUUCUUGUAAGUACAAGAAAUUCAUCACAGGAGACUUGCGUGUGCUCUGGGUGUGCGGUGACCCAGAUGCCGGCAGAACGAUGGUUAUUUGGUCAAUUGUCCGUGGACUCUCUCCGGUGAGCCACGGCUCACAAUCGACAGCCUUGUCAUAUUCAAUGUGCGGCACCGGCGAAAAUGAGGCGCAAAGCACUGUAUCUGUGCUAAAGUCUCUCAUCUACCUCGUCAUGGAACACCAACCUCAACUGGGCAGAUAUCUGACAGAGAAAUGCAACUUGGCAGAUAGUAAGGGAUUUUCUGAAUCCCAUGACGUAUACGCAUUAACCAUGCUGUUAUAUGACAUUAUCAGAGAUGAGACAUUUGAGUCGACUAUAUUCAUAAUUGAGGGAAUUGAUGAGAUUAAUUUCGAACACGAAAAUCCAAGCUCCUUCCUAUCACUCAUCCACACAACUAUAAAUCUGUCACAAAAUGUUAAAUGGCUCAUAUCCAGUUCAACUGAGUCAUUUGAACGUUUUUCUAAGUUCAGCAAUCUGUGUAUACCUGAAGAUGGAUGCAUAGGCAUCGAUGCCGCAUAUGAAGAAUUGCAGAUAACUUUAAAGGAUCAUUACAUUCUUUCAAAGGCUAACCAAAUAGCAAAUCACUGGGUCAUUGAAGGAGAAUUUCAACAUGAAAUCACUGAACUCCUCAAGAAGGCAUCUUCAGGAAACUUUCUGCGAGUUGACUUGGCAUGCCAGGCGAUACAACGAGAAAAUCCUUGGCAUGCUCCAACAAUUCUUGGAUGGCUCUCGCAGCCUUCGGCAGUAUACUCUGCAUACUCCGAUCCAUUGAAUAAUCUAUAUGCUCCUAUACGCGAAUAUAUUCGAAAUCUACCUUUCAAUGAUACUGAGAUCUGCGGAGAUGUGCUAAGUAUGAUGGCAACAGCAGCUAGACCUUUGGACCUUGUGGAGUUAGAAGCACUUUUGGAUUUUGCGGCACACGUCAAUGUUCAGUUCCUUGUGGGGAAAUGUUUUGCAUUCCUAGAAGUGCGUGACAAAAGAGUUCAUUUUCCACGCAAAUCUGCCAGAGAUUUGGUUCUCAGAGCGACACAGAGCGAAGGGGCAAAAUUGCAUUUGCAAAUCGUCGAACGCUGUCUCAAAUCUCUAUCAAAAUAUUGGAGCUCAUCUUCGGCAUAUUCAUCGCCAACCCCAGGCAAAAACUCAAAGGCACCCACGAACUAUGUGGCACUAUAUUGGGUUCGGCAUCUUUGUGAUGUUGAUGAUGCGGAUGAUGUUAUAGAUAUGACUGUUGGAUUUCUCAGCAAGAACCUUUUAAAAUGGCUGGAUUUCUUGGUAUAUUCAGGAUGGUUACCUCAAGCAACAACUCUGAUAUCAGCUUUACAAACCCAUGUCAAAAAGAACUGGAAUACUGGAGCGCGUGCUAAUGAUAUUCGUCACCGGGCGUUCUCAAGCAUUGUCUAUGAAACGCAUCGGUUACUGCAUUUCCACAGCAUGAUUCAAGGCGCCGCUGGUCUUACAGCCAAAACGACUCUUCUGUUCUGUCUCUGUAAUACGGCAAUUCAGGAAACCUUCCUGUCAAAGGAAUGGCCGUAUCUUGAAGGCCCCCCGAUGUUCCAAAACCACUGGCACCCCAUCAGUCAAAUUUUGAAGGGUCAUUCAGACUAUAUCCGUUGCUGUGUUUACUCUAACGAUGGAAAGCUCUUGGCCUCUAGAUCAGAUGAUGGUACUAUUCGUAUCUGGGACACAUCAUCGGGAAAACCACAGCAUGCAAUCAAAGCCUUUCCUAACGACUAUGAAAUAACAAUUGCUCUAUCCUCCACUGGCUUUAUUGCUGCAUCGAACAAGAGGACCGUCAAAAUCUGGAGUUUAUCUACCGGAGAACAGCUGAAGCUAUCAGUUGAGAAAUAUUCACGCGAUGAACCCAGCGCUAUCGGAGAUGCAUGUGGAAUGGCCUUUUCGCCGAAUACAAAAUAUGUCGCCAUUGGGACUUACAAACCCAACAAAAUAUACAUCUGGGACUGGAAAUUUGGAGGCCCUCCCGUGGAUCUCACUGGACACAUGGACGAUAUCAGCACAGUCGAGUUCUCAUCUGAUGGGUCAUUUCUGGCAUCGGCAUCAUACGACGCAACAGUUAGAUUGUGGCGAGAGCCAUGGAACGCCAAUCAAACCCCAUUAAUACUGAGCGGACACUUACAGAGCGUGUACGACUUGGCAUUCUCGCCUUCUGACACAUGCCUUGCUACUUGCUCCAGCGAUCAAACCAUUCGGAUUUGGGAUUACGGCAGUUAUAAAGCUCAGGUGCAGUCGGAAAGUGGCUCAAAGGACAGUCAAAGUACCCCACACGCGCGGUCUAUCUUACGUCUUGCGCUAUCUGAGGAUGGGAAGUGGGUGGCAUCGGCCUCUAGAGAUGGUCUAAUCUGCUUAUGGGAUGGCAAUUCUGGUAUGCUCCACCGGAGCUUAAGGGGGCAUGAGCAACCUGUUAGAUCGCUUGCAUUCAGCCAUGAUUCUCGCAAACUGAUAUCAGCCUCCGAUGACAGAACUGCUCGUAUCUGGAGCUUAAAGGACGAUUUCCAGUCACGCACGCUCUUUGGUCACCAAACCGCGGUACGCUGUGCUGUAUUAUCGCGUGAUGGAACACUCCUAGCUUCUGGAUCCAGUGAUACGACUAUACGCAUAUGGGAUCUUAUGCAGCCUGAGAUUGGAGGUACCAUAGCGACACAAGAAGCAGAAGGAGGAGGACAGAUAGGAGAGAUAGAAGAGUUGAACGGCGUCCAGGGAGUAAGAAUAUUUUAUGGUAAUAGAGGCUUCGUCUUAUGCGUUCUGUUUUCACAAGAUGAAAGAUACGUCUUGUCUGGCGCUGACAAUGGCGAGAUCAUGCUUUGGGACCUUCACACUGGCCAUCAAACCGGCUCCUCCAUCCAGGUUACAACUAUUAAAGAGAGGGGUGGGGAACGCAUAAAUGCAAUGACAUUUUCAGCCGACUCAAAAAGAUUUAUCGCAUCGGACGCAGAAGUAUAUCAAUAUGGAAUAUUACUGGAGAGAAUGGGAAUUUGA